AUGGCUCCUUUCCAGGCUCGUGGAGGUGCCCGCGGCGGCGGCCGAGGUGGCUUUGGCGGCGACCGUGGCGGUAGAGGUGGUGGCAGAGGAGGAAGAGGUGGCUUCGGCGACCGUGGAGGUCGGGGCGGCGGCCGUGGUGGCUUCGGUGCUCGCGGCGGUGGCCGUGGAGGUCCUCGCGGUGGCGCCGGCGGAAGAGGAAGAGGUGGUGUUGCGAAGGGAGGCAGAGGAGGCAAGCCCGGCAUGAGGGGCGGUGCUAAGGUGGUAGUUGUAAGUAUCAAUGAACCCCAUCGCCACGAGGGCAUCUUCGUUGUCCGUGGUAAGGAGGACGCUAUCGCAACCCGCAAUAUUGUUCCCGGCGAGUCUGUUUACGGCGAGAAGCGCGUCUCAGUCGACGACAGCGUUCAGAACGAGGACGGCACUACCACAACUACUAAGGUCGAGUACCGCGUCUGGAACCCUUUCCGUAGUAAGCUUGCUGCCGCCGUCAUUGGUGGCCUUGAGAAGCUCUACUUCGGUCCCGGCUCCAAGGUCCUCUACCUCGGUGGUGCCUCUGGUACUUCCGUCUCUCACGUUGCUGACAUUGUCGGACCUACCGGCUUUGUCUACGCCGUCGAGUUCUCUCCCCGCUCUGGCCGUGACCUGAUUGGCAUGGCUGCCAAGCGCACCAACGUCGUCCCCAUUGUUGAGGACGCCCGUCAACCCCUGAAGUACCGCAUGCUCAUGCCCAUGGUCGACGCCAUCUUUGCAGACGUUGCCCAGCCUGAUCAGGCCCGUAUUGUCGCCAUGAAUGCCCACCAGUUUCUCAAGGUUGGCGGUGGUAUUCUUAUCUCCAUUAAGGCCAACUGCAUCGACAGUACUGCCCCUGCCCACAAGGUCUUCGCCAUGGAGGUCGAGAAGUUGAGAGCAGAGCGCAUUUCUCCCAAGGAGCAGCUUACGCUGGAACCUUUCGAGCGUGACCACUGCCUCGUCGCUGCCGAGUACAAUCGCUACGCGAAAUAG